AUGCCAUGUGUGGACGAACUGCGCAGGUUGGGCGUCGAGUUCAUCAUCGCGCCCUACGAGGCCGACGCGCAGAUGGCGUACCUCGCGAGGGAGGGUCUCGUGGACGCGGUGCUGACGGAGGACUCCGACCUGCUCGCGUACGGGUGCCCUCUGGUCCUGUCCAAGCUGGACGACAGGGGCGAAACAAUCAAAAAUACAGACAGGGUGAAGGUUCUCGCGCUCGAGGACCUUGCCAAGAAGGCGAAUCCCGUGGGCCUCGACUUCAAGUGCUUCUCGCCGGAGAUGUUCCUGGAGAUGUGUGUCCUGGCGGGCUGCGACUACUCGCCGCGCGUGAGAGACAUGGGGCCGAAGAUAGCGCACGGCGCGAUGACGCGCGCCGGCAAUUGGGUGAAGGCCUGCAAGAAUAUGCGUGAUGGCACUGUUCCCGGUGUCAAGCCGUGGAAUGUUCGGGCCGGGUACGAGGCGGAAGUUCAGAGGGCGAUCUGGACGUUCCAACACCAGCGGGUCUAUUGCCCGCGGAGACAGGCGAUGGCGCACGUCACGGACAUCCCCGAGGGCGGGAUGGUGGUGCACCCGGACCUCAACCCCGCCGAACACCUCAUGCCGGACCCGCACGACACGUCGUUCCUCGGGCCGGAACUUUCCGUUCCCGAGGCGCGGCGUUGGCUGCAGUUGUCCCUGCAGGAAGACAUGCGCCAGACUACGACGUGGACGUUGCCGGAUCCGCUGCCGCGGUGCUACGAUGUCUCGCAGUUCACCACCUCGACCGCGCAGGGCGGAGGCCGCGCCGACCCCGGCGAGAGGGGAGGAGUCGGGCCGCCGUUGGCGGCGGGGACGUCCGCAGCGCCCGCGCCCUGCACGCUGGCACAGGGCGCCGGUGGGAGCGCGGCCCACGCGGCCCGGUCGAGAUAUCGCCCGCUGCAAUUUGUCGUGAGGCCUGGGCCUCAACCAGCGCCGCAGCUGCAGCGGCAGGCCUCGAGCAACGCAGCAGGGCCGAGCGAUGCCGGGGAGGCGCCGGGUGCGGGUGGCGGGUGCCAUGAGCCGCCGAGGAAGAGGCCGAAGGCCGCCCGGCCGGACGCGCGGGGGCUCGGCAUGGCGCCGGGGAUCGGGGCCGACCGGACGGCGCCCAGCGUGACGUCUUGGUCGGCAUCGGCCGACCCCGCGCGGACGAGCCCCGCGCCGGCCGCCGACCGGGGCGCCCGCGACGCGACGGCCGCCGGUGGCGACGCACGCGAAGCGCAGGCGGAGGCCGCCGGGUCGCCGCCCACCGCGAGUGUCAGCCGGAACCUGAAGGGCCGCAGUUUGAUCGCGCUGUUGCGGAGGCCCUAG